AUGGCGCAAACAGUCGCAUUUACUGGACGCUAUGCGAGGUACAAGAAAAGCACGGAUACCGUCCUCGACUGGCUAGCGAGGACGGCGAGUACUUGCUGCGACAUCGCAAGCAUUGUAGCAUCACUUCAAACAGCGGACAACAGACGCAAGAUCGCCAAAGGCUCUACUGUAAUCACACUACGUACAGCCGAAUUGGUCAGGCUUGCGCAAGCAAUCGCGGACGCUGACCCUUCCAUACCCACACCUUUGACCAUCCUCGAGACCACUCGAGAUGUUAUCCGAUUGCGACAGGACGUUGCCGCGGACUACGCCAUGGACUCGAUGAGACGCCACUCCACUCUCACCGAAAGUGAUCACGGACACAAGCACUUUAUCGCCGUGCUACAGCAAGUCCACGAUAUCCUGAAACCAAGCGCGUCGACUGGCGCUGCACCCGCACCUCCAGCCAAAUCUAAUAAACGGAAGAAGAAAUCUGUCGCCACCACGGAGGACACCACGAAUGCCUUCGCCAGACUCCAAGUCGAAGAGCCACAGGCCGUCAUUCAUGUCGGUCCGAGCAAGGCCUUCCCAGGACAAGCGCCAGCCGAUGACUACACCCGAACGACUUUCAAACUCGACAAGAAGGAGGAGAACGCCAAUAUCGCGCUCAUCUGCCACUUGCAAGACUUGCACGACGUGCGCAUCCUUGUGAAGGAAGCUUGGAUAUCCUUUUCUCGCGGAGAAGUAUCACUCGUUUACGCAAGUAUGGUGACUGAGGUCGCAUUUGGUUUACUCAGAUGUGCUGAUGAUCAGUUCACUACACUCAACCCGAAACUUGCGGAAUAUCGGCACGUACUUGAUGCACUGGGUGUACGAUGCGCUAAGUCGGACCACGAUCGAGGCAUCAUGUUCGUCAUGAGCAAUGAUGAGACCGCACCACUCAAUGAAGGGGUCGCCGGCCUAGAUCUUUCUGAGCUGUUGUGCCCACAAGCUUUCUUCCUGCUGCAAGAUCACAUUAAUCAUCAGAUGGAUCUUUCUACGGCAUCACAGAAACAGGAAUUUGCUGCCCAUAGAGCGACCAUCAAUUUGUGGUCCGAGACUCAUCCUUUCGCCAAAGUUCUUCUGAAGAACCCUCUUGGAACCAUGAUCAAAUGCGGCGCGGAGUUACGUCUCAACGAGAUGAUAGCAGGCUUGCAACGCGGAUUCAAGGAGGGAAAGAUCUGGACAUGGUCGACCGUUGCGUGCCAGACAUAUAUGGACAUUUCCGAUGUACUGGAGGGUAGUGAGAGUAUCGGCGUUGGCUAUCUGAAGGCAGCACUACAAGACUGCUUGGACCUCGAAGCGCCGAGCAAGGCUUUCUUUGAAGGUCUAUCGCGCCGCACACCCGCCGGGGAUAGUUGGCCAGAAUGGAUGAGCGGCGUGGCUGAAGAUGCUCGGAAAGCCUUGCGCCAGAUAGACAUGCCCAAGGACACGUACUUCAGUGCCGCUCGUGGUACUGCAGGAUUCACCGAGCAAAAAAAGGACUUCCAAAAGACAGUAAAUCGCUGGACUUCCGGUUUGGAAUCGGUUCUGCCGACACUUGCAGGAGGUUCAACAUUCAUGCUCAAGGAAGCCCUGCUCUCGACUGGAUGUUGCAAUGCCAACCAUCCCAGCCUCCCACUGCAUUCAAUGGCUUACCUGUACAGAGCUGGCCGACGACUAGGUAUCAUUCCUUGCGACUGGCCUGACAUGGAAUUCAUGAUUGCCAGUCAAGCCUCUGUUGGUCCGCUCGUGCCCAAGCUAGCGGCGGACUGCCAGCUUGACCGUUAUCUGGAGGCUUUCAAGGUCGCCACAGGGCUCAGACCAGACAUCGAUGGACACUUCAACCGAGAGACUGUCGUAGACGUGUAUGGCAAAGGAGUCCCGAUCAGAGUCGGUGCUGAGUUUUGUGCUAAGGUCGUCGAGAGCAUUACGGCGCAGAAAGCCAGCUCUGUGCAGACUUCGAUGGGCAAAAUUGUGGAGAUCAUACUUCACGAUAAAGCUCAUACCAACAAGCAUAAUAAGACAUUGGGCAAGCAAAUCAACCGAAACGACACCGCAUCUAAUCAACGCGAAUCGUUCAGUCCAGUCGAACUUCCGACGGUAUUCCAGACUUCGUUUCGGCGAGACGAACCCAUCUUGAACUUCGAUUAUCACGGCUUCAUGCUCCAUUGCCAUCAGCUAUGCGGGGAGGUCGCCGAUGCUAUCAUUUCCUCGAACACAUUUGUCUUCGACGACGGGCUAGUUACCUCUCUCGACGUCGAAAUGGGCACCGAACGCCUCAACGAGCGGCCACAUGACGUGGCAUUGGGUGCACUUCUUCAACUCCAGAGUGAUCUCGCAGACCCUGAAGUCUUGAAGCAAUCAUUCUGGCCCUCAAUCGCGUCCGUGAUGGAGAAGACCAUCAAGAACGAUGGAAAGCGAUUCAUGAAAGCCGCGAACGACCAAUCGAGUGGACACAUCCCGAAGAGUCUACGUCGUAGCAUUGGCAAGAAACAUGCAGACUGGCUAAAGAGUAAUGCCAGCAGAGCCUUGCUACUCAAGCCAGCUGGCACCAAAGUGGCGUUCACAGGCAAGCUUGUCACACUCUCGCACCCGGCUUUGACCUUGGCAAAGCUCAAUCAAGUUGGUAGUGGAGAUGGACAUGGGACUGUCGUGCCUGGCUUCAUGGUUAGUGAUGGAGCUGGAGGACAUUUCGACCAACACGUCAUGGUGAUGUGGUGA